AGCUACCAGCUUAUCUUCACCAACGAGCUCCUCGCGAAACGAUUCCAGGAUUUCAUCUCGGAGGUAGACAUCGACUGGGUUGAUCGUCGCACUCGAGUCUCUCACAACAUUCGCAGUCGUGCAGAUUUGCCUCUGGAUGUUCGUGCCAAACAGCGCGCGGCCUCUGUCAUCUACGGCAAGACUCUGGAGCUCCUGAAGGCCGGCCCUCAUGUUGAUGCGAUGUCCCACUGCAGGCUGGGCGUCAACGGCUACCAGGGCCUCAUCAACCUGUACACCGACGAUGAGGUAUGGGAGCUAUUCACGAUCCGUGAUAAUGAGCAAUGCGGCUACAGCUUCGACCCGAACACGACGAACCUUGAUAACUGGGGAGUGAGCAGGGACAAGGAGUAUCGCGCGGGGUCUUUGAUUGUCAGCUUCCGAGUGACCAUGCCCCAGUAUUUUGUGCACUACGGCAUCCUGAAGCUAGAUGUUCUCCGC